AUGUCAUCAAUGAGUUUUAAUUCUCCAUACAAAUCACCAGCAAAGCAUCAAUCACAGUCUGAUCUUUCUCUCUCUGCUUUAGGAUCUCCUUCAAAAGCUUCGAUUGACUCAAAACAUGAAGCUACAUUGGCAAAAAUCAAACAAACCAAGAAUGAAAUCAGCAUCCUGUCUCAGAAAACGGAUGUAUAUGCCAAGAAUACAACAACAAGUUACCAUAGCGUUAGUACUCCGAAGAAAGAACCAAAAUCACCAGGUUAUGCAAAAUCUCCACACGGAAAGGAACUUGGAAUUACAUAUUACUCAACUCUUGUAUAA